GCGCUCUGGGCGGGCGCGGAGUCUCCCGGCGCGGCGGCGGGAAGAGGAGUACUGUGCGCUCUAAAGGGUUUCCUCUGCCUCCAGGUCCCGAGAGCCGUCUCAACUGCUGCUGGCGACUUGUUUCCAGAGGAUUGAGGAAAACCCACCAGGAACCGAAAAUGCCGAAACCAAUCAAUGUCCGAGUCACCACCAUGGACGCGGAGCUGGAGUUCGCCAUCCAGCCGAACACCACAGGAAAACAGCUUUUUGAUCAGGUUGGUCUCUACAUCGGCCUUCGGGAAGUGUGGUACUUUGGCCUCCAGUAUGUGGAUAAUAAAGGAUUUCCUACCUGGUUGAAACUUGAUAAAAAGGUAAGUCAAAGUGUCAGCCAGGAGGUCAGGAAGGAGAAUCCUCUCCAGUUCAAGUUCAGGGCCAAGUUACCCGAAGACGUGUCUGAGGAGCUCAUCCAGGACAUCACGCAGAAGCUGUUCUUCCUCCAAGUGAAGGAGGGCAUCCUCAGCGAUGAGAUUUACUGCCCUCCUGAGACCGCCGUGCUCCUCGGCUCCUACGCGGUACAAGCCAAGUUCGGGGACUAUAACAAAGAAAUGCACAAGUCCGGGUACCUCAGCUCCGAGCGCCUGAUCCCCCAGAGAGUCAUGGACCAGCACAAGCUCACCAGGGACCAGUGGGAGGACCGGAUUCAGGUGUGGCAUGCUGAGCACCGGGGAAUGCUCAGAGACAGUGCUAUGUUGGAGUAUCUGAAGAUUGCCCAAGACCUGGAAAUGUAUGGAAUCAACUAUUUUGAGAUAAAAAAUAAGAAAGGAACAGACCUUUGGCUUGGAGUGGAUGCCCUGGGACUAAAUAUUUAUGAGAAAGAUGAUAAGUUAACCCCAAAGAUUGGCUUCCCGUGGAGUGAAAUCAGGAACAUCUCUUUCAAUGACAAAAAGUUUGUCAUUAAGCCCAUCGACAAGAAGGCACCUGACUUCGUGUUCUACGCCCCCCGCCUGCGCAUCAACAAGCGGAUCCUGCAGCUGUGCAUGGGCAACCACGAGCUGUACAUGCGCCGCCGCAAGCCCGACACCAUCGAGGUGCAGCAGAUGAAGGCCCAGGCCCGGGAGGAGAAGCACCAGAAGCAGCUGGAGCGGCAGCAGCUGGAAACUGAGAAGAAAAGGAGAGAAACCGUUGAGAGAGAGAAAGAGCAGAUGAUGCGGGAGAAGGAGGAGCUCAUGCUCAGGCUGCAGGACUACGAGCAGAAAACCAAGAAAGCCGAGAAAGAGCUGUCGGACCAGAUCCAGAGGGCCCUGCAGCUGGAGGAGGAGAGGAAGCGCGCCCAGGAGGAGGCCGAGCGCCUGGAGGCCGACCGCAUGGCCGCUCUGCGCGCCAAGGAGGAGCUGGAGAGGCAGACGGUGGAUCAGAUAAAGAGCCAGGAGCAGCUGGCUGCGGAACUUGCAGAGUAUACCGCCAAGAUCGCCCUCCUGGAAGAGGCGCGGAGGCGUAAGGAGGACGAGGUAGAGGAGUGGCAGCACAGGGCCAAAGAAGCCCAGGAUGACCUGGUGAAGACCAAGGAGGAGCUGCAUCUGGUGAUGACAGCCCCCCCACCCCCGCCGCCCCCUGUGUACGAGCCAGUGGGCUACCACGUCCAGGACAACCUGCAGGAGGAGGGCACGGAGUACACGGGCUACAGUGCUGAGCUGUCCAGCGAAGGCAUCCUGGACGACCGCAACGAGGAGAAGCGGGUCACCGAGGCCGAGAAGAAUGAGCGUGUGCAGCGGCAGCUGAUGACACUGUCCAACGAGCUGUCCCAGGCCAGAGACGAGAACAAGAGGACCCACAACGACAUCAUCCACAAUGAGAACAUGAGGCAAGGCCGGGACAAGUAUAAGACGCUGCGGCAGAUCCGGCAGGGCAACACUAAGCAGCGCAUUGACGAGUUUCGAGGCCAUGUGAAGGCCGCCGGGACCGGGCGGGGUGGAGCCUUGCGCCUGGGAAGGGUGGGGCCUCGCACCGGGCCUCCGCCGAGGGUCAUGCGCAGACUCUAAAACUUGUAUUUGUAGUUCUCUAAAUCUAGACCCCUCCUCGCACUCCAGUUCUUUAAAAAGAGUAGUUAUUUCAGUGGGAAUAUUCUGGGGCUGGGACCAGUGGGAGCUUCCCUGGUUUAUUUUUCCCAUUUGUAUCAUAGUGCCAAACAGGCCUGAUUUUUAUUAUUAUUAUUAUUGAAUCACUUCCUGUCUUACGCUUGGAGCAGGGCUGAUUGAAUUAAGGAAAGAUACCUGUAAAGUCUGAACAGCAAACUCCAUGCUGGCAUGUGUGAUACAAGAUUCCGUAUAAUUAAAACCACAUCGUGGCUUAUAUUCUGUGCCAUACUUUUUUCUGUAUCUGAAAUUAGCUCAAAUUGAUUUGUACUUGAUUUCUAUGAAGGAUGCAUCUUUGUAUAUUUAUGUUUUUUGAGGGGUGACAUUAGCUUGAAAACAGUCCAAAGCACUGCUUUCCACACGGGCACACAGUGACUGCCCCCUCCGGUCCUUCAGCUGACAAAAUCCUGUGACCAUUCCGGAUAAACAAUACAGGAGGACACUGCACUCUUGGAUAAACUUUUCCUUUUUUUGUUGUUUUUUGAACAGUUAGAGGGCUACAUUGUUGGACUUACACACCUAAUUAAUGAUCAGCUAUAGAGUAUAGUAUUUAUAAGCAAUGAUAUGGGUUUGUACCAUUAGUUUAAAAAAGGGAAAGUUUUGUUCUGUAUAUUUUGUUACCUUUUACAGAAUAAUAAAAGAAUUACAUAUUAAAACCAAA